AUGUGCGUGGACUACACCGACCUCAACAAAGCCUGCCCCAUGGACCCCUUUCCAUUACCAAAUAUUGAUCAGCUGGUGGACGAGACGGCAGGCUGCGCCCUCAUGAGCUUCCUAGACGCCUUCCGGGGGUACCACCAAAUCUUCAUGCAUGAGGACGAGGAGGAGAAGACGGACUUCACAACCCCCAAAAGGGUCUUCUGCUAUAGAGUCAUAGCCUUUGGGCUCAAAAUCUCCGGGGCCACCUACACCCGGAUGGUGGCCAAGGUCUUCAAGCAGGUCUACGACCCCGACAUGAACGAGGACAACAACAGGACCGAGCUCCACCUUAUUGACGAGAAGAGGGAGGUCGCGGCCACCCACGCCGAAAAUUACCAGCGCCAGGCCAAAGCCUACCAUGACAAGCGAGUCCGACCCCGUUACUUCCAGGUCGGCUACUACGUUCUGAGGAGGCGCAAAGCAAGUCAGCCCCUUGAGGGGAGCAAGUUCGCCAAGAGAUGGGAAGGCCCGUACAUAGUCACAACCGUGGUCCGUCCCGGCAGCUACAAACUCAAGACUCCGAAAGGUAAGACGAUAGAUAAGGUGUGGAACACUGAGCACCUGCUCAAGUACUUUCAGUGA